UGUUUGUGUCUGCCUCCUCUUCCUCUUCAUCAGGAUCCAGAGACCCAAGAACUUCCCUCCUGGACCACAACCUCUUCCUAUAUUCGGGAACUUGUUUCAUUUUAACAUGAAAAAUCCUCUGAAAGACUUUGAGAAGCUCUAUGAUGCACUUCCUGUGGUGAGGUCCUUGCCCCUUCCCUUUAAAAAAGCCUUUGAUAACCACAGCAGACUUAAAAGCUUGACAGCAAACAUGAUCAACAAGCACAAGACAACAAGAGUCCCAGGAAAACUAAGAGACUUUGUCGACUGCUAUUUGGAUGAGCUUGAUAAGAGAGACAGCGAAUCCACUUUCAGUGAAGAACAACUUGUGGCGUAUGUUAUGAAUCUGCAUGGGGCUGGAACUGAUACCACAUCCAACACACUACUUACAGCAAUUCUCUACCUCAUGGUUCAUCCGGACAUCCAGAAGAGAUGCCAGCAGGAGAUUGAUGAGGUUCUGGAGGGAAAAUCUGAGGUAUCAUUCGAGGACAGACACAACAUGCCAUACAUACAAGCUGUGAUUCAUGAGUGUCAACGUGUUGCCAACACUGUGCCUCUGAGUGUGUUCCACUGUACCACAAGAGAUACUGAACUGAUGAACUAUACCAUCCCAAAGAGAACUCUGAUCAUUCCCAACCUGUCCUCAGUGUUGAGUGAAGAAGGCCAGUGGAAGUUUCCUCAUGAUUUUAAUCCAUCAAACUUCCUAAAUGAACAGGGACAGUUUGAGAAGCCUGAGGCCUUCUUACCUUUUUCGUCUGGGCCUCGUGUAUGUCUCGGUGAAAGUCUGGCUCGCAUGGAGCUCUUCCUCUUCUUGGUUACUCUGCUGCGCCGCUUUCAGUUCAUUUGGCCUGAAGAUGCAAGAGAACCAGAUUUCACUCCUGUGUUUGGGCUAACAAUAACACCCAAACCGUACAGGAUGGAAUUUAGGCUGAGAGAACCAGCAAGAGAAAUGUAGACCCAGUAUACAGUAUAUCUGCAUACAGAAAAUAUCUUUAUGGCUAUUGAAGAAAUGAGCCUGUCCUCAUGGGCAUGUGAUAGUUGUUCUAGUGUUAAUGUUACGUUAUAAUUAACAUGGUGAUUGGCUGUUUCACAUUUAAUUACUUCCUUCCUCGUGGCCUUGUAUCUAAAAUUGUGCCUUAUUUUUUCUGUGAUUCUGUGAAAAAAAAGGAUGUAAAAAAGGGAUGUAAGAGGUUUAAUCAAGUCAAAUUCCAGCUAUUUAGCCCAUGUUAAAUUAAACUGCCAGUAGUAAAUCUGGAUCUUGUUUUCAGUGUUUGACAAUGAUUAAAAAGUUGCAUUCAUCACAAAAUGUUUGUUUGGCAUAUAAAUGCCAAAUGCCGUGAUUGUAAAUAUAUAAAAACAAAUAUAUGCAUUACAUUUUAUUUCCUAGUGCCAGUGUUAUGCAUGUAAACAUCAUGAAAUACUCAUAAAAGGAAAAGUGAAAGAAAUAAUAUUUUUGGGGUGCAGAAAUAAUAAUGACUAGAACCCCAAUUCCCAAAAAGUUGGGACACUGUGAAAAACA